AUGGAGAAAUAUGAGUUGGUGAAGGAUUUAGGAGCUGGAAAUUUUGGGGUGGCAAGGCUUUUGAGGCACAAAGAAACCAAAGAACUUGUUGCCAUGAAAUACAUAGAAAGAGGUCAAAAGAUAGAUGAGAAUGUGGCAAGGGAGAUUAUAAAUCACAGAUCAUUAAGACAUCCUAAUAUAAUUAGGUUCAAGGAGUUGGUUUUGACCCCAACUCAUUUGGCAAUUGUGAUGGAGUAUGCAGCUGGUGGAGAACUCUUUGAAAGAAUCUGCAAUGCUGGUAGAUUCAGUGAAGAUGAGGCUAGAUAUUUCUUUCAGCAGCUGAUCUCUGGGGUUAAUUAUUGUCACAACAUGCAAAUCUGCCAUAGAGAUUUGAAACUGGAAAACACUCUGUUAGAUGGAAGCCCUGCGCCUCGCUUGAAAAUCUGUGAUUUUGGUUACUCUAAGUCCUCGUUACUGCAUUCAAGGCCGAAAUCAACCGUAGGAACUCCGGCAUACAUCGCACCUGAAGUUCUUUCUCGGAGAGAGUAUGACGGAAAGAUGGCAGAUGUUUGGUCAUGUGGAGUUACUCUUUAUGUGAUGCUGGUGGGGGCAUACCCAUUUGAAGACCAAGAUGACCCUAGAAAUUUUAGGAAAACAAUUCAGAAAAUAAUGGCUGUCCAAUACAAAAUCCCAGACUAUGUUCAUGUAUCUCAGUCUUGCAGACACCUGCUAUCUCGCAUUUUCGUUGCAAACCCUUCCAGGAGAAUUUCACUCACAGAAAUCAAAAGCCACCCAUGGUUCUUAAAGAACUUGCCAAAGGAACUGAACGAGUCAUCGCAAGCCAUCUAUUACCAGAGAGAUAACCCAAGCUUCUCUCUUCAAACUGUGGACGAGAUCAUGAAACUUGUGGCCGAGGCAAGACAGCCACCUCCAUCAUCCCGGUCUGUCAAAGGUUUUGGUUGGGAAGUAGAUGAAGAUGAAGACGAGGAAGACAUCGACGCAGAGGUAGUAGAGGACGACGACGACGAAGACGAAUAUGACAAGAGGGUCAAGGAGGUUCAUGCAAGUGGAGAAACAUUGGUGCAAAAACCCUGCCCGGUUGUGACUUCGAGAACCAAUAGAACGAGAACUGCCAGCAUAGCUGCUCGUCCGUUCCAGGUUUCUGGCCUUCCUGUCCAACCCCAUUCCCAUACCAUCACAGGUGGUGGUAGCUCCCUUCGUUUCGAAUCGUAUACUGCUAGUAGCUUCUCUACACUGCCAAGCGGAACUAAAGACUGCAGAAAUUCCCAAACCAAUAAUGAGCCGAAAGUUGGUGGUAAAAAUUUAUCCAGCUCAUCAGCACAGAAACAGAGUUAUGGUGAUGUCAGUGUAAUUCCUUCUGGCCAUGAAUUGGUUUGUCUUAGAAGAGGGAAGGGGGAUAUUUUUGUGUGUAACCCUAACACCCAUGAACCAGUCAAGUUGCCUAAGCCUUGUGGUAAUAGUGUCAGGACCGAAUGCUUAGCUCUAGCAUAUAUUCCGUCCGCCAGCAAGGACAACAACAAUCUCCGGCAGCUCUCACAGGUACUAAAAAAGAUCACAACCUGUAAUGCACAUUCUCAAAUUGAGCUUAAAUUUCAAAUGCAAAGGUAG